AUGCUGUCGAGAGAAGCUAGACGAGAGAAGCUAAGACAAUUGAAAGAAGCUAGGCGACUUGGAGGAAAUGUCGUUUUUGAUCUGGAUGAAGAUUUGAAAUUGAACCAAAUAUACGAUGAGGUAGACGAAGAAACUUUUAGAGAACAUAAGAGGAACCAGUUGAUGAAUGAUGAUUUUGUUGUUAACGAUAAUGGAGAAGGAUACGUUGACAAUGGGGCUGACGAAUGGGAAGACGACACAUCGAGACCAAAGUAUUAUUCUGAUGAAGAAGAAGACGAUAUUUCAUCAUCGAAAAAGAGGAGAAAGAAUACUAAAGAUGGUAAGAAACCGGUAAAGAUUGCAAAGACUGCCCAAAUUAAUAAUUUUUUCAAACCUUCUAGUGGGGUUGACUCUAACCAAAAUAAAAGAGUUGAUACAAACAUUGAUGAUAUUCUCGAUGGGUUUCAUGACGUUAAGCCCUCUCAGAAAAAGUCAAACAUACUGAAUACCUUUUCAAGCAGUAUCAAUCCUGAAAACAAAAAUAAGAACAACAAAAGGAAUAAGAAAAAUAAUAGCUUUUUUGCAUUUUCAACUGUAUCGAAAGAAAAGCGUAGUACUAAUGCUGUCGGGCCAUUCAAUGCAUCAUCAGAUUAUACCGUAGAUUUCGAUGAUUUCGACCAACCUUCCUCGCCAAUUAAAUCGAUGCUGGAGAAACCGGAAAGCAUGGGCAUUAACUCUACGUCAUCGCCAAGUAAACUUUGUUCAGAAAUUGAUAUUGAGAAACCAGCAAAUCAGUAUGAGGAGGCAGGUGAUUUGAAGAAGCAGGAAGAAGAAGAGGAAAAAGAAAAAGAAGAAGAAGAAGAAGAAGACGACGACGAAGUCAUUAUCACUAGAAGACCUAGAGCCUCUGCCGUGAAAAAAGCCAAUAGCGAAGCAACUGUAUCAUCUGUCAAGGUUGAAAUUGACUCACUAAAGCCUGGUGCGGCAACUACACACACAUCUUUUGCAAAUCAUACAGAGAAAAUUGACCAAGAUGAGAUUGACGGCGACUCUAGUCUGUUCAAGAUGUUUUGGAUGGAUUAUGCAGAGGUGGACAAUUCCCUUUUGUUAUUCGGUAAGAUAAGAACAAAGGAAAAUAAGUUGGUAUCUGGUGUUGUACAAGUUAAUGGCAUUUGCCGUGAAUUGUUCAUCUUGCCAAGGAAACAUAGGCUAGUUGAUGGUGAAGAAGAUACAUCAACAACUGUUACAACAGAUGACGUUCUUGAGGAAAUCACCCCUUUCUUUAUGCAACAUUAUAGGCUAGAGGCAUUUAAAGCAAAAUCAGAAACAAAGAAAUAUGCAUUCGAAUUGGCUCAUAUACCUAAGGAAGCCGAAUAUUUAAAAGUACUAUUACCCUUCAAUACAGCAACCAACAAAAAGGUUCUACCUGCAGACACGGAAGGCGAAACUUUUCGACAUGUUUUUGGUACCAAUACUAAUAUGUUUGAGUCGUUUGUGACACAGAGGAAUGUUAUGGGUCCAAGUUGGCUUGAGAUACAAGGUGGUGACUUUAAUGCAAUACAGAAUUCGUCACAUUGUCAAGUGGAAGUUUCAGUUAGUCUGCCAAAUAAAAUAUCAGUUGUUGUUGACAAUGCCCCUUCAGCACCUAAUUUGACAUGUACAUCUAUCUCAGUGCAAACAGUGAUGAAUCCGAAACGUAACAAACAAGAAGUGGUGUCAGUUUCGUUGGCAACAUAUUUCGAUUUGCCUCAAGACGCACCAAUUCCAGAGGGAUUGAAACCGAAUGAUAUACUCACGCUUGUUAGACCAGUUGGAUCAAUUUCGUUUCCUCCCGGAGUUUCCCAACUUGCUCAAAAGGAAAAUUUCCAAUUAAGGAUGUGUCCCAACGAGAAGGUAUUGUUGAACGCUGUAGCUGCCAAGGUCAAAAUGCUAGAUCCAGAUGUCUUUAUUGGUCAUCGUUUGGAGAAUAUUUCGCUCGAUGUGUUGGUGCACAGAAUGCAUGAUAAUCAAGUGAUGACUUGGUCAGCCUUUGGAAGAAGAAAUAGGAAACAGUGGCCACAUUUGAUCAAUAAAAACAAUAGUAACAGCAACAACUCCAGUUACAACAACAACUUGCUUAUUAGAGAAGUUUUUCAAGGGAGAUUACUAUGCGACAUUGCUAAUGAAAUGGGCCAAUCGCUCACCACGAAAUGUCAAUCUUGGGAUUUAGCCGAAAUGUACGAUGUCGUUUGUAAUAAAAAGCACGAUUCAAUGGAGAUAAACUUUCAAAAUUCCAAAUUUGCUGAUGAUGCAACAUUGUUACUCUUGGCAUUGAAGGAGAAUGAGAUCAACGCAAAGAUGACUAGUGAAAUAGCAUUUGCAAUUCAAAUUCUUUCUUUGUCAAAACAGUUGACCAACAUUGCAGGUAAUGCCUGGUCACAUACAUUAAGUGGAACAAGAGCUGGUAGAAAUGAAUAUAUUUUAUUGCAUGAGUUCAAAAAGAACAACUAUAUUGUGCCAGAUAAAGAGGAUGCGUCACACAAGAAUACUUCAUUUCAACAGCAGGCCAAGUUGGAAAGUGUUGGUGAGGAUGUGCAAACAUCAACAUCAAAUAAAAAGCCAAAGUACCAGGGUGGUUUAGUUUUUGAACCAGAAAAGGGUUUGCAUAAAAACUAUGUUUUGGUUAUGGAUUUCAACUCAUUGUAUCCCAGUAUUAUUCAAGAGUACAACAUAUGUUUUACAACGGUUGAUAGAGACCGAUUCAACAUCACUCACGAUGAAGACAGAGACUUGCCAAUUCUACCCGAUAAUGAUACAAAUACCGGAGUAUUGCCCAAACUAUUGAACACACUAGUUUCCCGUCGUCGUGAAGUUAAAAAGCUUUUAAAAGAUCCAAAGAAUACUCCAUUCCAAAAAGCUCAAUACGAUAUUAAGCAACAGGCUCUUAAAUUAACUGCUAAUUCUAUGUACGGUUGUUUGGGGUAUGUCAAUUCAAGGUUUUAUGCGAAACCGUUGGCUAUGUUAGUUACCAACAAAGGAAGGGAAAUUUUGAUGGAUACUAGGCAAUUGGCAGAGUUGAGCAGCUUAAGAGUCGUUUAUGGUGAUACGGAUUCCGUGAUGAUUGACACAGGUGCCGAUAACCUUAAAGAUGCUGUUAAGAUUGGUGAGGAAUUUAAAGUAAAAGUUAAUGAAAGGUACAGAUUGUUGGAAAUCGAUAUUGAUAAUGUAUUCAAAAGAUUAUUAUUGCAUGCAAAGAAAAAGUAUGCAGCUAUGAAUGCAUCGAUAAACAAAGCGAAUGGUGAGGAGGUUGUCACAUUGGAGGUGAAAGGGUUGGAUAUGAGAAGACGUGAGUAUUGUCAGCUUUCAAAAGAGAUUUCCACAUUUGUUUUGAUGAAAAUAUUGUCUGACACUGAUCCCGAGGAGGCAUUAUCUGAAGUGUACAAAUAUUUGGAAGAAAUGAGGGACAAGAUUCUUGCAAAUGAGAUUCCUCUGAUAAAGUACAAGAUCAACACCAAGUUAUCGAAGGAUCCCGCCAAUUAUCCCAAUGGAAAAAAUAUGCCACAAGUGCAGGUGGCAUUGAAGUUGAAAGAACAAGGUAAAGUGAUUAAAGCUGGUAGUGUGAUUGCUUACGUUAUCACUGCCCCUGUUGACGACAAUGACAACUCAUCAGUUGCUGAAAGGGCAAGAUCCAUACAAGAUAUGCUAGGCGUAAAAAACAUUGAAUUGAAGCCAGACCCUGUGUACUAUCUUGAAAAGCAGAUAUUUGCUCCAGUUGAGAGAUUGUUGGACAAAAUUGAAUCUGUUGAUAUGAUGCGUGUAGCAUCGUCUUUAGGAAUUGACACCAAACGGUAUAUAAUGAAAGUGAAGAAUGGAGACUCCUUGGACGAUCUUAUGCCAAUGGAGUCAAAGUUAUCCGACACGGAGAAAUUCCGACAAUCGAGCUACAUGGUAUUGCACUGUAAAUGUGGUCAUCAUUUUCGAUUUGGUGGUAUACAAUUAUCCAAGGAUUACAAAGUGACCUUUAAUGGAAUUACAUGCGGAAGAUGUGACUUUACUUUUCCCCUUAUAAAACUAACAGCUCAGCUAGAAUAUACCAUUCGAAAGCACAUUUCAUUAUAUUAUGCAGGCUGGUUGAUUUGUGAUGAUGCAUCAUGUGGAAUAACUACAAGACAGAUUUCGGUUUAUGGAAAAAGAUGUAUUGGUGCCUCAGGUAAAGGUUUGGAUUGUAGAGGAGUCAUGAGGUACAGAUACUCUGAUAAGGCCUUAUACAAUCAGUUGAUGUACUUUUUGUCGAUAUUCGAUGUGGAGAAAACAAAGCAAGGCAAAUUAAGGCCAAUAAAAGAUGCUUUGGAAGAGACUCUGGAAAAAGCUCGUAAAGAAGACGCUCUAGCUUCGGGGCAAGUAGAAGCUUUGGCCGAGCAGAACAGAGAUAUGUUUUCUUGUUGUCAAGAAGUUGUUCAGAAGUACCUUGGAGAGUGUGGACGUCGAUACGUGAACAUGGGCUCUAUAUUUGACUUCAUGACUGUCUAA